AUCACAGGCAGAUUAGAAUGUGCUCUGGCUACUCCAGGAAGUUACAAAGCAUUGAAUCAAAUUCCUUGAAGAAACCAUUUCGAUAUGGACGAAAUGCAACUAGCACACAUUGCAUUUGCCUAAUUUAAUAAAACUGAAUUCCCAGCUUCUCAAUCGAUCGAGCCACGUGACAGCUCGUUUUACGCCAAACAAGCACAUCACCCUUUGCAAAUCACUCUUGCAAAUCAGGUAUAUGCGCUGCGUCACCCGUUUGGGGUUUAGCCUCGGGCGGCUAUUGCUAGACUUUUAGUAGCCUAUAUCAGAACAUGGCUCGGUUUGUAGUAGAGGUGUUUCUUGUCCUUGUUUUCUCCGCCACCAAUGCGGCGCAGGAGGAGGUCAUUGAUGUGAUUCUAGCCAGCCUCGCCAAAAGCGCAUCGUUCCUGGAGCAAGAGCACCGUAACAUCAACCUAGACGGAGUGGUCGGGUACAUCAUCCUGCAGGCGGAGUUGAAGGAAGCAGUGAGAACGUGGCCCCACACUGACCCUCUGAGCUGGUCUCAGCGCACUGCUACGGUAACCCUGGUCAGGAGGCUGGACCAGAGCCUGGCUAAGGCUGUCACCGAGCUGGAGAAGACUGACCCCAAAUACUACAGAGAGUUUGAGCCUCUGUUGAGCUGGACCUUCUGGUCAGUACCUCAUGAGUGGGGCUCCACAGAUCCCUCUCUGGCCUACUCCUCCGGUCGAACCAUGGAGUGUUACGAUGAGACGCAGAGCGACAAGUGUAUGACCCUGCUACUGGGAACAUGGAAGAACAACGGGACUCCUUGCAUCGUGACCAAGUCAUGUCGUGACACAAUGACGAGGUUUGGAUGUCUCUAA